AUGGAAAAUCAGGAGAAACCGCUUUCUGUAGACGAAGAGUACGAUUUAUGGAAAUCUAAUGUUCCAUUAAUGUAUGACUUUGUUAGCGAGACGCGUUUAACAUGGCCAUCUUUAACGGUCCAGUGGCUUCCUACACCUGUUCAAGAGUCAGAUGGUGGUUUCAUCAAACAAGAAUUAAUCAUUGGUACGCACACCUCUGGUGAAGAAGGGAACUAUUUGAAGUUCGCCGAAAUUAAUCUACCGAAGGAAAUUUUAAAUAAUGAAGAUUCACAAGAAGAAGCAGAAGAAAACGAUCAGGUCUCCCUGCCUCCUCCAAGGUCGAAUAUAAGGAUUACUGCUAAAUAUGAGCACGAAGAAGAAAUCACUAGAGCCCGAUAUAUGCCUCAAGACCCUAAUGUUGUCGCCACUAUAAACGGACAAGGCACUGUUUUCCUCUAUUCUCGCUCAGAAGGUCUCCAGUCGACACUAAAAUUUCAUAAAGAUAACGGUUACGCUUUGUCGUUUAAUACUUUGGUCAAAGGACAAUUGCUUUCCGGCUCAGAUGAUCAUACUGUCGCCCUUUGGGAUGUAGGAAGUAGCGGUGAUUCUAUAAAACCGACACGAACAUGGAAUGAUUUACAUUCUGAUAUCAUCAAUGAUAUUAAAUGGCACAACUUCAAUAAAGAUUUGUUCGGCACUGUCUCAGAAGACUCUCUUUUGAAAAUAAAUGACGUCAGGGCAGACAACACCACUAUCGAUACUGUGAAAUGUCCGCAACCUUUCAACACAUUAGCAUUUAGUCAUCAUUCUUCAAACCUCCUCGCGGCCGCAGGCAUGGACUCAUAUGUUUAUCUUUAUGACUUGAGAAACAUGAGCGAACCAUUACACCAUAUGUCGGGCCAUGAAGAUGCAGUGACCAACUUAGAAUUUUCAACCCAUGUUGAUGGUGUAGUUGUUUCCAGCGGGUCAGAUAAUAGGUUAAUUAUGUGGGAUUUGAAACAAAUUGGUGCAGAACAAACGCCUGAUGACGCAGAAGAUGGCGUUCCUGAAUUGAUCAUGGUCCACGCAGGUCACAGAAGUUCAGUGAAUGAUUUUGAUUUGAACCCUCAAAUACCUUGGUUGGUAGCAAGUGCUGAAGAAGAGAAUAUUUUACAGGUUUGGAAAUGUUCCCAUAGUCUACCCAUCGUGGGAGGUCUACCAAAGGUGAACAAAGAUAUAAUAAGCUAA